AUCCCACCAUCAGAUAUCUGGAACUUCGACGAGACUGGCUUUCGCAUUGGGAUUGGAAAAGACCAGUGGGUUAUUACUUUUGAGCCUCGCCGCCGUGUCUGUUUAUCAACGCCUGAUGAUCGUACAUUAUUAACUGUAACUAAGUGCGUCAACGCUGCAGGCCACGCUAUCCUACUAAUAAUUAUUAUUGAAGGCGACGCGCUUCUUGAGCGCUACUUUACUGAUUUGCCCGAUAACUAUCUGAUCGGGCAUAGCGAUAGUGGCUAUACAAACGAUUAA